AUGACAGACAACCAGCUAUAUGUGCCGUUUAGAAAUGAAACAUUAUCGACAAAUUCAUGCGAGUUUUCCAGCCGAAACGCGGCAUUCGAUUUAGAGAUAUAUGGACCCUAUCUCGACAAGAUUCGAGAGCUCUUCGUGCCCAGCCUGGAAUACAGAAUUCAUUCCUUGUUGGAAGAGUUUGUGUACAGUGAGGAUUCUCGAUGGGCUGUGCAAUUUCCAUACGUCAAAAAAUUCAUCGACGCGAUAGCCACCUGGAGAGGUCCUUUAAUUAAAGCGGCCGAAUAUGAUAUCGGGACGAUGGAAAAAGCGAUAAAAAGUGCCGUCAAACGCGUAGUGAAAGACGAUCUGAUUCCCUGCUUCCUGGAUUCUCUUACUCCAUAUUAUAGAUUGAAUAAAAUUUGUCGCGAACUCGACGCGCUGGGAAUCGAGAACAAUAUCUUGCGAAGCCUCAAUGUGUGGAACUCUGUCAACGAGAAGAAGUGCCAUCGGGCGGAUCGCGAUUGCUUCACGAAUCCCGAUACCAUGGAUUGUAACUCGAAUUCGAGAGACGUGACGAUGUCGCCUUGCGAUGCAAAAGGACCGACCAGAUGUAAAAAAGCUAUUGAAGCUUAUGAGAAAAGUAUCGAGCAACCAACGACGUCGGAAAAUCAACAGAUCGUUGACACAAGUCAAGAUUUUCUACAACAAACAGAAGAUUCUUCGCACAACGAAGUGUCCCAAAACGAUAAAAGCGAAUCUGUCGACGAAGAACCUUGCGAUGCCGCGAAGAGCUUCGCUAAGAGAUUGAAGAUGAUCGUCCGCAAGAUGUAUCCAGAGGAUUGCAGCUGCCCGACACUUUCCGGAUCUAUCCUCACUUGCUUGGCCUUACCUUGCAAGCCGAGAGAUUUGAUCGGGCGAAUCUUCGAGGCCGAUCCGUGUUUGACCGAAUCUUGCUUCAUUGUGAUGAAGCGAAAAUUUCUGAUUAGCGUUCACAAUGUUUGCUCGUGUCUCAAUGAUAUUCUCGGCAAAUUAGAUAGCAGGUUCACGAAGACGUUGCAUCUCAAUUGCGAGAUAUAUCCCGGAUAUAUCCGCUUCAGAUUGAAAAGCAGCAGCGUCAAUAAGUGCCUGUUCGUCGCCAGGAUAUCAAUAUGUCAAAGUGUUCGUAGACGUACGAUUGUCAAAGUGUACGUAGACCGACCGAAUUUUGUCAUCUCGAUUUGCAAAUCAAACCUGAAUACAGAUGCGAAAAGAUCAAAGUGCUUCGAACGAUAUUGCGAUGACGAUAAUGACAUACUUGCACGCGUCGAGGAAGAAAGCAAAGAGUUGGAUGGUACAUGCUGCUCACGAUUGGAUCCAAGUGUAAAAGACGCAGCAAUGAAUAUAUCAGACGAGGCUGGAAAUGGAAACAGAGAAGGAAUUACAUGCACGAUUACAAAGUGUGUUUCAAACUGUCUUCAAAAUUUUACAACUUUCUCCUGUAACAAAUCUCGCGAAAACAUUGCCGAAGAAAUAUGUGACUUAACGUCGCAGAUUGAUAACUUGAACGAGAGAGAUGGAAAGACUCGUAAAAUCCCGGAUUCGAUGGAAAUCAGUUGCGGAAACGAUGCGGAGAAGCGUGGGAGGAAAAUUAUCGACUCGGAUAAUUCAGUUACAAUAAUGAAUGAGGAAAUUACGCGAAUGAUCGACGACGCGAAUUGCGUGUGUUUGUCGUCUGAAAAUCUCGCGGAAACAAACCACGAGGUGGAAAAUAAUUUUAGCAACGAAGAUCCGGAUUUCUCGCAAUGCGAUCGAACUCGUUCCUCGGAUAAAGAGUCAAACUUAGGGGAACAAGACAAAGAAUGCAACGCUAACACAUGUAGCAUCACGUCAUUCGUGCAAAAUUCCGAGCAUGACAAACAAUUGGUAGAAUUAAACUGUAAUCGUUUCUUGGACAAUGAUAUCCGAGCGAUCGACGAAGAAUCGGAAAAUGGCUCGUUAAAUUCGGCGAAGGCAGAAAUUGGGUGUAACUCGAGUCGUAAUGUCGAUUUUAUAGACAUCACGGUCAUCGAUAAUAUUCGCUUCGAAGAGUCUCGGGAUGAUCGUGAUGCGAAAAUUCGGAGCGCGAAUCAUUGCAAGUCGUCGGAGGCAUCAUCCAAGAACAAUGACUCGUUGACGGUUUCCAUUCAAACGCCCAGGUUACGGGUGUCAUCGAAAGGCAUCAGCGUGAACGUGAGUUAUCCCCCAGUUUGGUUGGCAUCCAAUGACGAUGAAAGCACAUCUACGAAGACACCAAGGCGCGUCGAAACGAUGGAUCUUUCUGCGCUGAUCGUUCCGAGGAAAAGACGUAAAAUUCUUGGCAAUAAAAGAAUUUCCCAUAAAACGAGAGGUUUUAUUAAACCACCAAGAUCUCUCGUGUCGAGAUGCGAGCUUCGAUCGAACGGAAAUUCGGAAAGUUCCGAUAUCUCAACGGAAGAGUAUCUUUGCAUGUCGAGAUGCUGUCCCUCGAUGAGCAAGUUCACUGCGAGCGACAGACGAGGCGAAUUUGAAAAUUCGUACAACUCCACAAGACUGUCGAAGCUUUGCGUAAGCUCGUCGAACGAUUUUCGCAACGUAACUUCCUUCCCUGCGAUCAAAUAUGGAGCAGCAUCGCGUAAAGAUAAUGUUUACUCUGCCAAAGUACCGCAAGCGAUACUCGUGAUGACGAAGUUUCGCGAUUCCAUCGAUAGGUCUGUCCGUAGAAUAAAGCGUCUGAUUCACGCGAAGCUGAGAAAAAUAUUGUUCAACGACGGAAUUAAAACGAAUGCAUCGGGAACCUUUUGGAAGAACGAAGAUACUAGAGGGAAGACUAAUGGAAGAUGCGUCAGACAGAGCUACAGCGUAACUUCAUGCUCAACCUGCAACUGCUGCAGACACGGUUGUAUUCCGUCUUCACGCGAGUCCUCGAAUGUAAUUCUAUCAAUCCGUAGAAAUCGAUGUGGAGAAGAGAAAGAUGGACGGAUGAAGUUUCACGAUCGUAGAUUGACCGGUGGCAGCGAGAUCCUGUCGACUUUUCGCUCGAUCGAAACUUCUUACGAUUCGUUAACUCCUGCAGUCGAGGAUUUAAAAAAACACGAGCUUAGUAGAAGCAAUAGAAGGGAAAGGACCGAGCGAAAUAUCGUGAAAAGCUCUUGCAACUUUAGCAAUUAUGGGACAAGUGUAACAAUUUCCUCGCAAUCGGCUAAAGUAUCCGGAAACAAUUCGAAAUAUCUUGGACGUUGUACGCGCAAACAGCGAAAGGAGACACGUGACGAUAAACGUGUCUACGAAGGGAUACGUAAUCCAGAUCGAUGGAAGGAGACGCAACGCGGAUGUGAGCGACGUGCAAGGACGCACAGAGGAGUACCAGAGGGGAUUAAAUAUUCUAGCAAUGAAUCUCUCGGAGCUUCAUCAUCUUCUUCUCAGAGAGGAGAAGUUAAAAAUGUGUACAAGCAAUCUCGAUCUGACAAAUCGAGGGCCAAAAAUCAGCAGAAGGAUACAGAUCCUUCCGACAACGAUCGACUACGUAAGAAACGCGUCUUCGGGAUUCUGACCGACAUCUGCAAUGAUUACACGGACGAUCUCGACCUGGACUUCAAGUUACAAUUGUUACGAUACGUGGAACUCUGCAGAAACAUCAAAUGCGCAUUGCUGAAGACGCUGCAACCGGACGAUGAUUUUUACGAAAUUGACACGAUGUCGAGAGCUCGAUGGAGAGAGAGUUUGAUUGACGCGAUAAUUUCGUAACGCUGUAAAAUAAUAUUUUAAUACA